AAGUGUCCUCCCUGACAUGGAUUAUCUGGUCACCCUAGAUAAUACCACCCCAAGCUCGUGCAGUUGACAUUUGCUGCGAAUGGAUAAGAACAACCAUAGAAGAACCUAAUGCCUUAUCAGUGGCUGUAAUGAGGGGGUGGGGCAGACAGUUCUUACGUCAGGCUUAAAAUAUACAAAUAUAGCCCAUUUAAGAAACAAUUCUGAAACCAUUGUACACUGGUUUAUUAAACACGUUACAUUAAAAAAUGGUAGUACUUAAGUUUAUAUGUGCAGUUAUUACUAGAUUACUGUUCAUUCUCAUUUCACUUAUCGCAGUAUGGAGAGUUACAUUGGUUAAACAUAGUAACUACUAUUGGUUACUGAUCAUUCUCUACUUGCCACUUAUUUUAGAAAUGAUUGUAACUUUGAAGAGAAGAAAGGGAAUGGAUUAUACGUGGUUCUCGCCAGCUAUCUUUCUGUUUCUCAUCUGCAUCAUACCGUCUAUGUGGAUUUUGGAAAUACACCAUUAUAGUGACAAAUCAAAUGCACAUCAGUGCAAAAAACUGGACGAUCUUUUCCACAAUGCUACACAUGUUAACAGCACCACUGAAGCACUGAAAGCCGUGUGCCCCAAAGACUGGAUCCUGGCACUGCACCAAAUCCUGCUCAUCCUGUUGAUCGUCGGGAAGUGGCUGAUGCCCAUCGGGGUGGACGUCACCAAGUACGAGCUCUCCCAGCUCCUGCUCAUUUUCACGGGCACGGCCGCCGACAUCCUGGAGUUUACCAGCGAGACCAUCUCUGAUGUCAAGGAGAAUAAUCCUCAGCUCAUGUACAUCACCCUCGGCAUCUGGACGUGGAGCAUGCUGCAGUUCCCGCUCCACCUCUCAGUGGUAAACCCCAAGACUGAAGAGGCGUCUGAGGAUGGCUCAUUCCUCAGGAGGCACCAGACUGAUCUAUGGAAUAUCGUGGAAAGUCUCCUCAUUCAGGACGGCCCCUUCCUAUUAGUCCGAAUUGUAAUAAUGGGCCACUUCAAACUUGUCCACCAAAUGCUGCUCUUUUUUACCAUCAAGAACUUCUUAGUCGUGACACUGAAUUUUUACCGUCUAUAUGUCAUGUUCUUGACUUACAAACAACCCAAAUAAGUGAGUAUUUCUUGAGUCAUUCUUCCGACGAACAAUUCAAAGGGUAGGCUCAAUUAGGAAGAGUCCAGGAUUAGUGGAUUCGUGCAAGUAAGAAUGAUGUUGCUGUGUGACUCACUAAUGGCUGUAUUUGUAAACAGUUUAAACAAACAAACAUGGAAGACACAAACUGAAAUGGUCACAAAAUAUCUCUAUUAUUUAUAACCCAAAAUUGGUUCCAUUCAAAAACAAUGGUAAUUCAGUUACUGAUUUCAAUUUAUGUGUUGAAAUCAGUUAUUCCCAUUUAUGGUCUGCUCCUAUUUCAGUAAAGCCAAGUAACAAAGUAUUACAUGGACAGAAUCUUCUUAAAAAUAUCUGUGACUUUAAGACAUAUGUUUUUAACUUUGUUCUGCACUGGCAUUUGUUUAUACGAUUCUGAUUAAAUUGUAUGACUCGAUAUGAGGACAGCAGAGUUUACAAUUAAUUUGGUGGCUGUUUAUUUUACAUGUAUUUGUUUCAAUUGUGGCUCUUCUUUAUCCAAAUAGAGCAAAUUUCACAGCUGGACAUUUUACUAGCUGACUGUAUGUUAAGAAAUCUCACUUAGGGGUUAGAUGAUAAGACCCCAUCCUGGAAUAUGAAGAGGCAAUAUUCAUGUUAGAAGAUCAUGUCUUUAACCAAUAUGCUGCAGACUAAGACUGGUGCUCUGCCAGUUCUCCACCUAGCAAUUCUCAGCUUAGGAGGGUAAUGUUUAUGUGAUGUGUUUCAUUUUCUCUAUAUAUAACUAUACGUGGUAAAAGCUGCAGAAGUGUGACACCUUUUGCUCGAUGUGACUCGCUAAUGCAAGCCACAUAGUCACAUCAGUAAUUAUCCAGAAGGGCUUCUCUUAUUCCAGCCCCUCUCAGAAAACUCUUGUGCAGCAAAAUAACUGUAGUUUUGGGGGGAAAAAAAUAGCUUGCAAAUAUGAGUAACACCAAAAAAAACAAACCUACGCCUACAAACUUCUGACACAAUAAUGUACCAACUCUACUAGGAGCAAUCAAUGGUGAAACACAAAUCCCAGUCUCACUCCAAUGGCUCAAACCCCAAUUGCAUCACCAAAAAAGCUGAAACUUCCUUAGAUCAUAUCCGUAUCUACCACUGACAACUAUGUAAGGAUUUACUUACAUGAUGAUUGGUGGAAAAAUGUGUUCAAAGACUUGAUUACUUCUGCACUGCUCAGAAUAAAUCUGACCACUAUAUAUUGUAUAAUGCCAUGAUCAUACCAAUAAAUGAAUGUGUAAAAUGGA